AGAAUAAAGCGGCACGCUCCGCUGAGCAAGCUCAUGAAGGCGUACUGCGGCCGACAGGGCUUGUCACCGAGGCACAUUACGUUCCUGUUUGAUGGACAGCCUAUUAAAGAAGCAGACACACCUGCACAGGUGGAGAUGGAACACAAAGACACAAUCGAAGUGUAUCAGCAGCAGAUAGGUGGAGGGUGCCAAGACAAAGCAUCUUUUGGGGAACAGUUUGAAGAUCCUCAUCACAUCUCACUCUCUUGUCUGUCCCUCGAUUUGCUGUUUUAGUAGGGAAGAAAUGAACAUGCCAGUCACACAGGGUUCUUUAAAACUUCAGAGGGUGUUUCCCAAAGUUGCUUGUUGUCUUUCACAUUCUGGGUGCAAGAGUCAAAAUAAUAUCUGCCGGGAUUGAGCUGUGUCUGGAUAUAACCAUUUGAAGCUCAGAUUAAGUUGUGUGUGUUGUCUCACUUUUGUUAGCCUUUUUAUUUUUUUAAUGUAUUGCUUGUAUUAUCUUCUUUUUUUCUUUCUUUAAACUUAUGGCCUAAGCAUUUAUCCAUGUGUCAGGACAGUAAGUGUUCAUUCCUGGCUCUGGUUGGUCUUGCCCUCUGUUUUAACUCAAAUUAUAUAAAUAGUUUCAUGUAUUUUUA